AGAGGACUUAAUAAAGUAACUUUAGGCGCAGAAUUCAACAAAUUUUUCGGCCAUAAAGACCUACUUUGAAAAAUCCAAUCUGUACGUCUUCUCGAUCACUUUUUUCCCGCCACAGUAGCUGCCUGUGAUCCACCGCAGCUGCUGCUUUAUCAAUCGAGACGCUUCAGAAAUCGAAAUCCCUGAAGUUUCCACCAUCAAGAACAUCUAAUAGCAGAGUGAAGGCGAGGAAGAAAACCCUAAUCCGGCAAUGGGAGUCAUGGACCUCUACUCGACUGUCGCAGAGACGAUUUACUCGUACACGGGGCUUUCGCCGGUUGCCUUUUUUACUAUCCUGGCGGUUAUGGUUGGCGUCUACCACAUGGUCUGUGGGAUGUUUGUUUCGCCGGUGGAGGCGGCGGCGGCGGCGGAGAGUAGAUCGGUGGUGUCGGAGCCGGAAUUACCUCUCGAACCUGUCGAGAUCGGGGAUGUGACGAUCGAGGAGCUGAGAGCUUACGAUGGAUCGGAUCCUAAGAAACCUCUUCUGAUGGCGAUUAAAGGGAAUAUAUACGAUGUUUCGAAAUCCAGGUUAAUAUAUGAUGUAAACCAAUUGGUUUAAUGUUCUGAACUUCAUAGUAAAAGCUUAUGGAUAAGCAUUGAACACGUGGAAAUAUCUUCAACUCAUCACUCCCGAGGACUUCUAAAUCUCUCGAGGGACAAAACAAUUGACACUAUAACCCAAGGA